AUGACAUCGACGACGAAAACCUAUGGAGAAUUAGAGGAAUUAUUUAAAAGGAUAAUAAAUUCAGAAACGCCGACAGAAGUGUCCAAGACUUUGAAAGAGAUUGAAAACAAUAAUAAAUACAUUAAUGAUGUUCAAUUUAAGAAAUUGAUUGAAUUACAUGAUGAUAGGUUCAAAAAUAAAUGUUUAAAACCGAUGCAGGGACUUUGUACGAAGUAUAAUAAUGUUGUUGUACAAGAUGGAGAUCUUCAAAUUGAUGCAGCUUUAGUUGAUAGAGACUUGAGGGUUCUUGAGACUACUUUGCAAUUGAUCAAAGAACGUAAAGGAUGA